AUGGAGAGGCUUGAACAACAAACAUGUGUGCGCGAGAAAUGGCAAAAGAAAGGCCGCGGGAGACAACACCAAGAAACACCCAAGAAAAACAAAAGGAAUGUGGACCAGGAUAAAAAAUCAGUGGCUGACCAAAAACGUGAAUUCGAAGCCAGAUAUGUGGAGGAGCACCAGCUCGGAGAAGGAGGCUGCGGAGCAGUGUUUGCUGGCUACCGGAUAGAAGAUCGUUUUCCUGUAGCCAUCAAACACAUUCCCAAAAAUAAAGUGUACUGCAAAGUGGCGGAUGAAAGCGGGAAGAAGCUCUCUGUGGAAGUGGCCAUUAUGCUGAAACUUGCAGGUGAAGCAGAAGGGUCAGUGGGAACAUCAGCACCUGUGUCCUUGCUGGAGUGGUUCGACAUUGGCAGAGAACUGAUACUGGUGCUGGAGAGACCUGUCCCUGCUGUGGACCUGCAAAAAUAUAAAGCAGAAAAUGGAGGAUCUUUACCAGAGGACAAGGCCAAGGUCAUUCUGAAGCAACUAGUUGGUGUGGACCCACCACGGUGUGGCAAAUGGGAGUGGUGUUGUAUGAAGCGCUUCAUCCACGGGACUUUAAUACCACGAGGUUCCUCAGAAAGAAACUCAAAAAGCAUCUGUCCACAGAAUGCUGGAAUUUCUUGGACGCAUGCUUAACUUCCCAUCAAUCUGGCCCCCUGGGGAGUUUUUCCUCGUCUUCAUAGAGAGCUUGGGCUGGGUCAGGAGCUCCCUCAAAACUGUCUUUAUCUGAUGACUUUAAUGUCAUCAAAUAAAGAUGUGUUACUUAAAGUAAAAUUUGAUCAAAAUAAAACUUGUUUAAUUCA